AUGCCCGUGGAGACGCCCCAACCUGCAUCACCCAGUCAGCUCUCCUUUGACGAGCAGAUGAAGCGGGCCAUCGCAGCAAGUUUGGAUCAGCCAGAGCCCGCUUCCAACUCCAAUAGUCUCGAGGACGAGGAGAUGGCGCGAGCUCUGGCUGCCUCCAAGGCGCAGCAUCAGGCCGAGGAGCAAGCCCGGGCCUGGCGCGCCUCGAACCAAGAUCCCCAAGGGUAUCGCUUUUGGCACUACAACGGCCUUGACACGCGAGACCGAGGUAUCGUGCGAGUCCGAGGACUUGGCCUGUUUCCUUUUGGUGGAGCUGCGGCCCCGGAACUAUCCGAGGCGGAGCAGGAACGAGAGAAUAUCAAUCGUGCCCGUCGCAUCAAAACAAUUUUGCAGACGCGCACCAACUCUGAUGGCAAGCCAGAAUACUUGGUCGUGUGCCAUCCAGACGGUUCCAUGGAGCAUAACUUCCAGCUGCCCGCGGAUGAGACGUGGCGUUGCCGUGACUGUCAUUUAAAGGAUCCUCCCAACUUUCGAGCCCGCAACCCGAUCACCAGCGAAGUGUGCCGUGAAUGUUGUCUGCCCUACAAAGAAUGUGGUGUGUGCCACUGGCUGGCACGAAGCGAGCUGUCAGAGGCCGUGCGCCGAGAAUGGGAUCGAGGGACGGCACCUGCCAUUCUCGAGGUCCUUCGUCGCCGUUGGCCGAUGGUACGUCUUUGGGUAAUUUCAUUUUGGCCUGUUAUGAAUUGCGAGGGCUAUGCCGUGCUGCUUCCCGCUUCAUUCUGCGUGCGUGUGCAUGUGGGCCCGGUAUAG